GAAAAAAUGCACUCUAAAACUGAAUAUCGGAGAUCUAUAGAUGAAUACAAACCUGCUGUACCAAUAAGAAGAAAAAUAGGCCUCUAUUGGGUCUUGGUCGUCCUGAGAAUUAUUUUAACGCUCAUUCCUCAGACGGGAUAUAUUCAUCCUGACGAAUAUUUUCAAUCUAUCGAAGUUAUAUCUGGGGAUUAUUUUGACAUAGAUGUUAAUAAACCAUGGGAAUUCAAUUCAACAUUUCCCAUAAGAACUGUUUUAAUACCACAAAUCAUUGUUGGUAUACCAUAUUCAAUUUUAAAAAGACUUUCACAAUAUACACUUUUUUAUUUGGGUAUAUCAUUGAAAUCACCAUAUUUUCUUAUCUUAUUUCCACGUUUGUUAAUAUGUGGUUUGUCCUUUAUAUCAGACUAUUGUUUGUACAAAAUAUGUUACAUGUAUGGACAAAAUUACAAAAUAAGACUGAUCACUUAUGCCAGUUCCUACGUUAUGCUUGUUUAUGCCACUCAUACAUUAUCAAAUACCAUUGAACUGGUGCUAACAGCAUUAUUAUUAUAUUAUGCAUCAUAUUCUAUGGCAUAUUCAGAAAAGGUAGUUGUACAAAGUGACUACCUAUCAGAUAAAUAUAAAAAAGCAAAAACUGGAGUAGAGAGAGUACAAUAUUAUAAACUUAUAGCUUCGUUGCCCCCACAUUCAUUAAAUCAUUGUAUAAAAAUUGCAACAAUUACCAUAAUUGGUAUAUUUAACAGACCAACAUUUAUUGCAUUUGCCUUUGCCCCUAUCUUUUUUUGGUUACAAAGAGGUUUAGGUUCAAAAAGUGUAGGUUUUGUUGAUUUUCACAUUCGAAUAUUUACCUUUAUUGCCUGUGGGAUACCUACCACAAUUUUUUUUAUUGUAGUAGAUAGUUUUUAUUUUGGUUAUUUAACAAUGGGAGAGAUAGGUAACCUUGACAUCAGUAUGAAUAAUUUCGUGGUAACACCACUUAAUUUUCUCAGAUACAAUGUAAACGCUAAAAACCUACAGCACCAUGGUUUGCAUCCUCAUUACUUACAUUUCAUAGUAAAUAUACCCCUUUUAUACAAUGCUCUUGGAGUUAUUGGCCUUCUUACAUUUGGAAGAAUGUUAUACAGUGGUUUAAAAGCCCAAUGGUUAAAUCUACCACGCAUACAAAGUGUUGUUGGUUUAAUGACAACAUCUUUUGUUAUACCUAUUAUAGUGUUAUCAAUAUUUCCUCAUCAGGAGCCUCGAUUUAUAAUACCAACAUUGUUACCUUUAGCUUUUUUGUAUGCACCAAAUAUAACUCAAAUAUCAGGAGUUGAUACCAUUGCGCGUAUCACUGAGGAUAACGGGUGCCGUAAUGCCUUUACACCGAGAAAUAAGCUGAAUAAAUUACAAAUCUUUUGGUUCAUAUGUAAUAUCGCAUUGACGUUUUUUUACGGGUUCGCUCAUCAAGGUGGAGUUCUACCUUUAUCAUCUCACAUAGCAACUGAAUUAAAAGCAAAACCAGAUCUUACACAUAUACACCUGUUUACAUCACACACCUAUUCUAUACCAACAGCACUUUUACAUUUAAGAAACACCAAAAAGACAUACAUAAGUAGCGGAAAUCACAAAUAUAAACUAAUCAAAGAUUUUCAUCUUUAUGAACAAGGUUCUAAAUCUGUAAGAGAUGUAUGUAAUAUUAUUGCCUUAAAACUUCGUGAAUGUGAACGCGAGUAUAUUACCAAAAGAAUACCAUACAGAUUGUAUUAUGCUCUUCCUGCUACUGAUUUGGAAGAGUUCAUGACUAUUCAAAAUAGUACAAAUUUAUUUAAUUAUCAUACUAUAAAUAGAUUUUAUCCACAUGUUACAGUUGAAAAAUUACCGUUCUCAAAAGUUGCUAAUAACGUUAUACAUUUAACAAAUUUGAACACGUUUUCAGUGCAAAUAUUUAUAGAAAUUGUGAACAACGUAUUUGAAGCUUUUCAACAAUUUCAAUUGUUUUUAAUACGAAUAGAGUAUUUAGUGCAUAACAAACGUAAAGUGUAUACGCAUCGUGAAAGGAAUUAUAAUUCAUAA